CUAUUCUGUUUGUGUCUCCCCCCAGAGAUUGUAUAAUCCUGCCGGAGACUCUGCAGUACCGCCGGGCGCUGGGGAAUUCUCUUUCCAUGACUGUGCUCCGGAUCCUCAGCUGUGAUAGGAGGGGAGGAUCCGUCCCAGUGUCACAGCUGGUUUCCCAGUUACAUCCAUGUGUUCAGACUGGUGUAUGCAGUAACCUGCACCACGUGUGGCCUGUCCGCUAUUGUUGCACUACUGUGUCUAUGCAGCCAGACCCUGCUGAGACUUGUAGUACUUCUGUCUAAACUGGAUCUUGGCUGCAUUAUACUGUAGCUCGGUACCCAACAAGGCAGAGCAUCAUUCGGGGCCCAUUUUGCGCAGCAGCCCUCGGAUGUGGUGGUGACAGCCGGACGGUCAGUGACUCUCCCCUGCGUGGUGAUCGGGUACCGGGGGGUGGUCCAGUGGACGAUGGACGGUUUGGCGCUGGGAGCCGAGCGAGACCUUCCAGGGUGGUCCCGUUAUUCCAUCAUAGGAGACCAUGCAUCAGGGGAGCACAAUCUGCACAUAGAAGGUGUGGAGCUAGGGGACGACGCUGUGUUUGAGUGCCAGGCCACGCAAGCGGCGCUGAGGUCACAGCGGGCGCGUCUGACCGUACAGGUACCACCUGGAGAGCCACUGAUCCGUGGCGCCCCCGUGUUUAGCGUCCUGCUGGACACCCCCUAUAAUCUGACCUGCCUGGCCCCCGCCGCCAAACCGGCCGCCGAGAUCACCUGGUACCGGGACGGCAAACUGCUGGAUGGGGCCGUGUACAACAAGCAGGUUCUGUCGGACGCCAAGAGCGAGGAUGCGGUCAGCAGUCUCCUCAUCACCCCCAGCUUCGCCGAUGCCGGCGCCACCUACACAUGUUGGGUGAGGAAUGCCGCGUUGCCAGAGGGGCGGGAGCGAUCGGUGACGCUCAGUGUGCAGUAUCCCCCGAAAGUGACCCUUUCCGUGGAUCCCCCGACUGUCUCUGAAGGCGGAACAGUGACCUUCCUGUGCAGUGCCGUGUCCAACCCCGAGGUGAUGGGAUAUAGGUGGGCAAAGGGAGGCGUCCCCCUCGACGUUUCCGGAGACCGAUACCACGCCACGGUGGACCACACAUUUUUUACAGCUCCGGUCUCAUGUGAGGUAUCAAACAGCGUGGGAAGCAGCAACGUGAGCACAGCCGUCAAUGUCCUAUUCGGCCCACGUCUUCUCACCGAGCCUCGCCCCAUGACUAUUGAUGUCGGUGGAGACGCUUCCUUCUUCUGUGGUUGGACCGGAAAUCCCACCCCAACCCAGUUCUGGAACAAGAAAGGGUCCACAGAGGUCCUUAGUAAUGGAAAUACGCUGUCACUGAACAAGGUGACCCGGGAAGAUGCUGGAACCUAUGUGUGCAAAGCCAUUGUGCCCCGCAUUGGUACCAUGGAGAAGGAGGUGACACUGACUGUGAGAGGACCUCCCAUCAUCACCAGUGACAUAAACUACGAGAGCAUUCUGGGAGGAAAAGCUCGGUUGGAGUGCGUGGUGGACACAACACCGAUCCCCGAUAGAAUUAGCUGGUCCUGGGACAAGCACAGCCUCGAUGAGGGAACCUUGGGCCGCUUUUCAGUGGAGACACGUGUGACCGACAGUGGAGCGGUUUCAUUUCUGGUCAUAGAUGGCACCGAGCCUUCAGAUUACACCACUCCCUACAACUGCACGGCCAUAAAUCAAUAUGGGGAGGACUCAGUGAUCAUCUCUCUGAGACAACAAGCUGCUCUGCCGCUCAUGCUUCUGAUGAUCGCGUUGGGUCUGGGGACACUCUGCCUCUUUGUACUGGUGACCAUCUGCGUCCUGUGCUGCCGCCGACCCCGAAAAGCCGUGAAGGACACUCAGAUUCUAGCAGUGGAAGUUUCGGGAAGUGAUCACAGCGAUCGGCACCCAAGUGAUUCUGAAGAAGACCUGAAGGAGCCCUUGCAUACAGAUACAGAGUCUCGAGGAACCUCACAGACUGAACAAAGUGAUAUCCCUGAUGACUCGCAGGACCCAACCAAUGGUUACUACAAGGUCCGAGCUCAUGAAGACUCCCGACCAACGACAGUCGCCUAUCCAGAGUUUUCCUCACCUCCACGUCCUCUGUACUCUGCACCCUCAGCCCUCACUCCAUUGUGUCCCACCCCAUCCUUACCUGGAGCUCCUAAACUGUAUGACUAUGCCAAUCGAUAUGCCACCACUCCUCGUCAUGGAAGUGAACGUAUCCACAUACCACAAGGCCUGACCAGUUUGCCCCCAGGCCCCAGUAGUCAGCCACAGCCGUACGCCAGAGCCUUUUGCAGCUACGUUCGACCGGAUCGCUUUGAAACAUUAGAAUCUGGUCCGACACUGUCACGUCUUUCUUACGCCUCGCUCUUCACACAUGGAGACUAUGGACGCCCGCCACAACAGAGGAUGCAAACACAUGUGUGAGUCAUGGAUUUGUCUUCUACCUAAACUUGCCAGCACAGUUAUCGAACCUCAAGUGGAACCUAGACUUGGGAGACAACAGUCACAUAUUGACCGUCUUGUGCAAAAUGGCUGCCUUAUGUCUUCCUCUUGAACAUUUUGAACCUGCACUAGAAUGCCUUCCAUGAGUAUGUGAACAAGGACUGAGGCCCUGGGGAUGUCCAAGCCUUUGGAGGAGCCAUUGGUGGUUGGCGAAGACCCUUUAGGUUGACACACCGUAGAACCAGUGCCUGCAGCUGCUGUAGAGGAGAGGAGCUGCUCCAGUUGGCCUUACCCCUCUUCCUAAUCGGUGGGAUAACCCUGAGUUAGGGGCCCCUAACGCCACAGGCACAGCAACCCAGGAGCAGAGAACCUGCUCAAGGGUAAUGCUGCCCUCUCCUAUGAGCAACAUGAAGGGGGAUGGGGACAACAAACAUUGGGACCUCCAGGGUAGGAGGCCAAAUCCAGGAUGGGGCCUUGUUGCUAUGAAGCCCCCUCUCCUCUAUUGAAGCCCUUGGUUCUAGCACAGCUUUUUUAUACAAUGAUGGGACUAAGCAGGGACCAGGCCUGUAAUAACGCUGCUGUGCUCUAUAGGUCAUAGAUUAUAUAGUAUUAAGGAGCUUAUAAUAGAGCAGCAUGGAUCAGCACAUGUCAGGUCGAUGGAGAGAAGAGGCUUCACCUGAACUGAACGCCAUCCAAUGGUUACGGAGAAGAUGUACCACCCAAUGGCCGCUCUGUGUACUGCAGGUGUUUUUAUAAGAUGAUACAUUGUACAGUAUAAUAUAUAGGAUGUAUAUAGGAUAAGCGCCUCUGUAUAUAGACCUGAUAUUAGACAUCGCUUUCUUGAGCACUGUGUGACUGAGAAGGUGAGCACAUCUUUACCGUCACUCCAAGUUUCUGGACGCGUCUUGGGGUAUUUUUUCCCCAUAUUGUCCAUUAUGGCGGCACGCUAUUAUUUAUUAACCGCUUCCUCGCCAUUACAGACUGUAACACGGGUUCCUAUGUUAUAGGAGAUCUCCGAUUCCAAAGACUAAAAUAUAGAAGAAAUCUCAUAAUUUAUUCUACGUAGUCUAUAUGAGACAGCAAGAACCAGCGCCAAAUGUGUCGAUAAUCGACAGCGGACUAGGAGCAGGCACAAUCCUCCCAUAUUAACCCCUUCUCUUCAUUUUCCUGCCUUAAUUUUUAUUUUGUACAGAGAUUUCCAGGUUGUUAUCUCCUCCAGAUGUGAAGAUCGUAAAUUCAGCACUCGGAUACUUUUCCUAAGCUUCAAAAUGCGAAAACAAUUCUGCUUUUUUAUCUGUAAAGUUAUAAGAGAAAUUUAUAUUUAAUUAUUAAAAGAUGAGAAUUGUCAGAAUUCCUGAAUCCUUGCUAUUAUUUAUAUUAC